CGUACUUGCUGCUUUCCGCCAACGAGACCGACGACCGCCUUGCCAAUUCCCUGAAGACGAGAGAAAUGUACGCACAGUCUGUAUCUCCUGCUCCUCACUUGCUUUCCCGUGGCUCAACACCGUCGAUGGCGCCCGCCACGUCGCCUUCUCCGGGGCUCUCCACUACACCCACUCCCUCCACAUCCGGUUCAACCGCCAAGUCGUCCUCUCAUCCGAAACCCAAACCAGUCAACGUAUUCACUAACGAUGGUUCCUUUUUGGAGCGCUUCCAGCGUGUGAAGAAAGUACGUCAUUGAGCAAAGGCUUUCCUUAUGUUUCUGUUCGUGAUACGUGUGUUACAGUUUGGCUGACUGCCGAGCUCGUAUAUAUUACAGGAGGAAGAUGAGAAGAAGAAACGAGAAGCUGAACUUGAAGCGAAACGUAACUUCGAGAGCCGCUUUAAAAAUAGGGGUAAACGGCGAGCGCCUCCUUCCGAUUCUCCUGCUGAACCCUCAGAUGAUGCUCCAGCGAAGAAGACUAGAUUGGAAUCUGACAAAGCGCUUACUGCAUACGAGAAGGAACUUAAGAAUUAUUCUGGAAGUUUGAAGGAUAGCGGAAUGGGUAUCCGGCCUCUGGUGAAGUAGUUCCCACUCACCUUCUCAUAUCCAAAGCGCCUCUUCAGACGACGAAGGGGCGUAUACACACUCAAUGACUCUUUUUGCUACCCAGUGAAUGUCGCUUUGUCCUGUAAUGAUUGUGAUUGGUGUCAUUUGUGAAGUACA